AUGGUCUAUGGGGGUAAGCCGAGUACUGGAUGUUACCUGUGUCGCAAGCGGAAGAUCAAGUGCGAUGAAGGCCGCCCAGAAUGCCGAAAUUGUGGUGUCUAUGGUCGUCCAUGUCCAGGCUACCGGCCAGAUGCGGUUUUCCGCAAUGAGACUCGGAAAGUCGAAAGACAAGCAAAGAAAGAUACCAGUUCAUCUUCAUGCAGCAGUGAGACCCAAAGCACGGCAUCCCAAUCUCUGUCGGUGGUGGACCGACGGUGGUCAAGUCCCUCGCAAACGUCGGCCUUGACCCUCCAUCGCAUCGCCGAUGCAACCUGGCAAGAGCGAGCUGUCUGCUAUUUCUUUGAUCAAUUCACGAUCACGGGCGAAGGAGAGGAUGGCAUGGGUCACCUCGAGUAUCUGCCUCCUCUGUACGCCCGGUGUGGUGAAAUCGGCCACCAAAGUGGGGGGUCGCCGUCGGCUUGUCUUCGAUGGGCGGUGGAUGCCACCGCGCUCAUGACAUUUGCCAAUGUUACACAUGCGCCCCCGCUUAUAAUUAAGGCACGACAAAGUUAUGGUAAAGCCAUCCAUAGCUUGCGGGAGGCAUUAGAUUCCCCGACCCUCGCGGCUAAGGAUGAGACCUUCGCAUCUGUGGUUCUUCUCUCGCUGUUCGAAGAUAUCACAGGCGAACGGAAUGGUCUGUUUAGCUCCCAUACCGCAGGGUUUGAAUUUCUGAUGAAAUUGCGAGGCGAAAGUCAGCUGGGUCACCAACGGGGCCGUGAUAUGUUCAACUUUGCCUAUGCACAUACGUUUGUGGAAAUCCUUGCUCUAGGAGAUAAACCCCGAUACGAUAUAGACUGGGUGCUGACCCUCCUGGAUGAGAAUGACCCCAUUGAGUCACUCAUGCUUGCCGCGUCAAAGCUCAGCCAGCUUUUCCUGUCAAUGCAGUCCUCUCCUAGUCCGCCGGACCCAGCGACCGUUGAGUCGUGGAUUAUCGCCGGCAAGGAAUGCGAUGUGGAGCUUUCUCAGUGGACUCUUCACCUUCCCGAUCGGUGGCUGCCACUAGUCGUCUAUUCCGACCAGGGAGAACCCCUGGUUACCUAUAACCGUAUCUCCAACGCUGUAAUAUGGAACUAUUACCGCGCGGUGCGCGUCAUGCUACAGCAGCUUCUUCUCAACCUCAAUCGCACCCUCCUCCCCAUUAUCAAGAAGAAUAAACCACCCGGCUAUUCGCAGCAACCAGCAUCAAUACUCAACGAUAGCUGCCUCCGGUCCGUUAUUCAAGAAAUGACUUCAGAUGUUUGCCGCAGUAUCCCCUUUUCCCUGGGCGAUGUCGACAAACUCGGCCGUCCGACUAAACUGAACGAUGAAAGCCGGUCGUCCAUGCGGGCCGCCCAGGGAUACGGCCUUCUUUGGCCACUCUGGUACAUCCUUUCUUGCGGUAUGCCUACGCCCACCCAGGUGAAUCAGAUCCGCACCGUGCUGUCACGUAUCGGGUCAACCCUCGGCAUCAAGCUCGCUCUGAUUCUUGCGCGCGAAGCUGAACAAAUGCGCGAAGAUCCCACUUCGUCUCGGGCCCCCGUCAUCGGCCCACCGGGGAAGCAAGAGUUAUCUGUAUGA